AAGAUCUUCAUGUAACUGGCUGGAAAAUGUUUCUGCAAGAUGGCAACUCUAACACUGCUAAAUGGAGACUGUCUUCACUUUGACAUGAUGUGUGAAGUUUGUUAGCAUUUUUUUCUUUGUUUUUACAGUUACCAGUGGAAGGUUACAAAUGGUGUGGGUUUUUGUCAUGAAUCGAAUGAGCUCCCAGAGCAGUUCAUCCACUCAGCGUAGGCGAAUGGCUCUAGGAAUUGUCAUUCUUCUCCUUGUUGAUGUGAUAUGGGUUGCCUCUUCAGAACUCACUUCUUAUGUUUUUACAAAGUACAACAAACCUUUUUUCAGUACAUUUGCAAAAACAUCCAUGUUUGUUCUAUACCUCUUGGGAUUUAUUGUUUGGAAACCGUGGAGGCAACAGUGUACUCGUGGGUUUCGUGGAAGACAUGCAGCUUUUUUUGCAGAUGCUGAAGGUUAUUUUGCUGCUUGUACAACAGACAACACUGUAAACAGUUCUCUGAGUGAACCUUUAUAUGUUCCUGUAAAGUUUCAUGAUUUGCCAACUGAAAAAAAUGGCAGUAAUAAUAGUGAUGCAGAGAAAACUCUCAAAAAGCCUCGUGUAAGGUUCAGUAAUAUUAUGGAGAUCCGACAGCUCCCAUCGAGCCACGCCUUGGAAGCAAAGUUGUCUCGUAUGUCAUACCCAACGAUUAAGGAGCAGGAAUCACUAUUAAAAACUGUAGGAAAACUCACUGCAACUCAAGUAGCAAAAAUUAGCUUUUUCUUUUGCUUUGUGUGGUUCUUGGCAAAUUUCUCUUACCAAGAAGCUCUGUCAGAUACCCAGGUUGCCAUAGUUAAUAUCUUGUCUUCAACCUCUGGGCUUUUUACUUUAAUCUUAGCUGCAGUCUUUCCCAGUAACAGUGGAGAUAGGUUUACCCUGUCCAAAUUACUAGCUGUCAUUUUAAGCAUUGGUGGUGUGGUACUUGUUAACCUUUCUGGAUCAGAGAAAUCUACUGGAAAAGAUACAAUAGGUUCCCUUUGGUCUCUUGUAGGAGCAAUGCUGUAUGCUGUGUACAUAGUAAUGAUAAAAAGGAAAGUAGAUAGAGAAGAUAAACUUGACAUACCAAUGUUCUUUGGUUUCGUAGGGCUGUUUAAUCUGUUGCUGCUGUGGCCAGGGUUUUUCCUGCUUCACUAUACGGGGUUUGAAGCAUUUGAGUUUCCCAAUAAACUGAUAUGGAUGUGCAUUGUCAUUAAUGGCCUUAUCGGAACAGUUCUGUCAGAGUUCCUCUGGCUGUGGGGCUGCUUUCUUACCUCAUCACUGAUAGGCACACUGGCACUAAGCCUUACGAUACCUCUGUCCAUAAUAGCUGACAUGUGCAUGCAAAAGGUGCAGUUUUCCUGGUUAUUUUUUGCAGGGGCAGUCCCUGUAUUUUUUUCCUUUUUCAUUGCAACUCUCUUAUGUCAUUACAACAACUGGGAUCCAGUGAUGGUGGGAAUCAGAAGAAUUUUUGCCUUUAUUUGUAGAAAACAUCGCAUUCAGAGAAUGCCAGAAGAAAGUGAGCAGUGUGAAAGUCUCAUUCCUAUGCACAGUGUUUCACAAGAUGGAGACAGUUGUUCAUAGAUAAAAGUUAUAAAAUGGAAUGAUGCCCAGCGAAGAGACAAUCUUCUGGAAAAGUCCCUAAGGAAUCGUGUUUCAGUGCCUAUUCUGAAUUUGUAGUAAAAUUAAGAAGUUUCAGUUCUUUUGAAACUCUAAACUCUUUCUUGCUUUCAUCUGGUUUUAUAAAUGAACAAAUUUGCUACAUGCCUAUCACCAUAGGGAGUCUUAUUCCAUAUGAACAACCAGCCUGCCUUAUAACACUGAGCUGAUGAAGUUACUUGACAAAAUCAAGAAAACAAAUGCUGUUAAGUGAUUUCUUUCUUUUUUUUUUAAAUCACAAUUUUGUUAAAUGCUGGACAAUAUUUUUUAAAAAAUACUUUCAAAUGAGUUAUGUAAAUAAGCUUGCAGAUCAUCAAGUCUUAUAGGCUUUCAGAUGAAAAGGUAAAUAGAUAUGUUACCUGUAGUAGGUACAAAUUAACUUUUUUAUGUUGUAUAAACUAUUUGCAUAUUAAUAGAAGAAAAUAGAAAAAUAAUUUAUUAAGUGAAUUCUUGUAAUUAUUGAGGCAGGAUCUUUUUACAGUCCUGGAACACUACAUAUAUAUUGUUUUAUCCCAUUUUGAGAAACCUUGUAAUGGCAAUGGGUGCCGAUGUUUAAAAAUUUUGUUACGUAACAAUCUGGACUGUUUAAAAUUUUAGUGA